AUGGCCGGCAUAUCCAUUCGCGAGGGCAUCCGCUGGCUGCCCGCCGCCAUGAGCGAGCCGACGUCGACCGUGGUCCUGACAUCGCCGGAGAGACGGUUUGUCGACAUUCGGGUCCUUUACCCCAAGGGCGCGACGCCCGCUGAAGACGUUGCGCCGCUGGAGCGGCUCGACUGGGCCAUCGCAGGCACGUCGUCGUCGACGCCACGCGGCGGGCCGGGCGAGACGCACGGCGUGUGGCGACACUGGCUCGAUUCGCGCACGGUGGCCACCGAGGGGCUCGCCGACGAGGGUGACAUGGCGCCCAUGGACGGGGAGAGGACGCUUGAGACCGGCCAGAUGGUGAACCCAGAGACGGGCGUCGAGACGCCCUACGAGGAGGUGUGGCGGGACCCGACCAUCCAGGGCGUCGACGGCCGGCGCGCCAAGUGCUACGUGCUCGUGUGGGACGAAGGGCCCGCGGCGCGGGGCAUGGUCAUCCGGCUCGGGACAUGGUGCCAGGGCAUUAUGCGGAACGGCGACGAGGUCAAGGCCGAGCGGUGGGAGUGGCGAGCUGGACCGGGGUGGCGGAGGACGAAGCGCGUCGGCGACGGCGCGGGCAUGCCGUGCGGUGUGCUCCUGGAGAGGGAUGUCAAGCUUGAGAAGGGGAACAAGUUUGAGCACGGCGGACGACAGUGGCAGGUUGUUGAGCGGGCUACUGUGUAA